AUGGAGUUCCCGCUGUUAACUCCAGCCCCGACCCGAGAAACAUGGCCCGCCUCCGGGGAAGAGGCAGCCGGUCUGCCGGCAGUCCAAGGGAAGCAGAAUGAUGGCAAGUUCUUUCAGACCACCAAGCGCGGUGAAAUUCAGGAGCUCAAAGAAGAACUCCAUGCGCACGACAAACAGAAGCAGAAAGACGCAGUCAAGAAGGUCAUCGCGAAUAUGACCGUUGGCAAGGAUGUGUCCGCUCUCUUCGCAGAUGUGGUCAACUGCAUACAGACAGACAACAUCGAGCUGAAGAAGCUGGUUUACCUGUAUGUGAUGAACUAUGCCAAGGCCCAGCCAGAGCUUGCCAUUCUUGCCAUCAACACCUUCAGAAAGGAUGCCACGGAUCAGAACCCUUUGAUCCGGUCACUGGCCGUCCGGACGAUGGGUUGCAUUCGGCUCGACCAGGUCACGGAGUAUCUGCUCGAGCCCUUGAGAAGAUGUUGCCAGGACCAGGAUCCCUAUGUCCGCAAGACCUCCGCGAUUUGUAUUCCAAAGGUUUACGACAUCAAUCCGGAGCUGGUGGAAGACCAGGGUUUCGUGGAGAUCCUGAAGGAUCUUCUCGGAGACGGAAAUCCGAUGGUUGUGGCCAAUGCGGUCGCCGGUCUUGCUGAGAUUUCUCAGACCUGCGGCAAGGAUCUGCUAGAUUUGGACAAGGGCAACAUCCACAAGCUCUUGGCAGCUCUCAAUGAGUGCAACGAGUGGGGCCAGGUGUUCAUCCUGGACGCUAUCGCGACCUAUGAACCCUCUGGACCCAAUGACUCCGAGUCCAUCACGGAGCGUGUCACCGCAAGGCUCUCCCAUGCAAACCCUGCUGUGGUCAUCGCAGCCAUUAAGGUGAUCCUCAGGUGCAUGGAGCAUAUUGAGAAUUCAGAGGUUCUUCGCCUGUUGGCAAAGAAGCUGAACCCUCCUUUGGUCACUCUCCUUUCCAGCGAGUCAGAGGUCCAGUAUGUUGCCUUGCGCAACAUCCGACUAAUAGUCCAGAAGAGACCAGGCAUUCUAGCAUCCGAUGUGAAAAUGUUCUUCUGCAAGUACAACGAUCCCAUCUAUGUCAAGCUGGAGAAGGUAGACAUCAUGUGCAUGCUCGUCAGCGACAAGAACUUUGAUCAGGUUCUUUUGGAGCUCAAGGAGUAUGCGUCUGGUGUGGAUGUUGAAUUCGUGCGGAAGUCUGUGCGAUCGAUAGGCCGAGUUGCCGUCAAGCUCGAGCGUGCAUGUGAGCGUGCCAUCAACGUGCUGCUAGAGCUCAUCGAAACCAAGGUCAAUUACGUCGUUCAGGAGGCAUGUGUUGUGGUGAAGGACAUAUUCCGGAAGUACCCUUCUCGCUACGAGCAGGUGCUGUCCGCACUCUGUGAGUCCAUGGAGGUCUUGGAUGAGCCAGAAGCCAAGGCUUCCAUGAUUUGGAUCCUCGGCGAGUACGCUGGCAGGAUUGACAAUGCCGAUGAACUGCUAGAGUCAUUCCUGGACACGUUCCAUGACGAACCGCUCAUGGUCCAAGUUCAGCUUCUGACUGCGAUCGUCAAGCUUUUUCUUCAGAAACCGUCUUCGACGCAGGACAUGGUGUCGAAGGUGCUCAAGUGCGCAACAGAGGAAUCCACAAAUCAUGACCUUCGGGAUAGAGGUUAUGUCUACUGGCGGUUACUGUCAACCAACCCAGAAGCCACAAAACGAGUGGUUCUGGGCGACAAGCCCUCGAUCCGAGAUGAUUCACAGUCGCUCGACAAGAACUUGCUAGACAAGCUGUCCAGUGAGCUGUCGCUUAUGAGCAGUGUGUAUCACAGGUAUCCUGAGGAGUUUGUCACAAGGCUGACGCUGGCGACCACCACGUCGGUUGAUGACAAAGCCGCACAGGACGAGGAUUACGAUGAGGAGGACCGGCAAGCCAGGCGAAGAGAGGUCCAGGAGGAGCUGGAGCGCGGACCAGACUCCUCCAGGAAUGGCACCUCUGCAGGAGGUGGUGGGCUAGACCUACUCGACCUCGGUGGUGUCGGCGACGACAGCCCUGGAACACGCAAUGCACCAGCGCAGGCAGUGCAGAAAGUGGCAGUGCUGCCACCAACGCAACCAGGGCAACAUGGCAACCAGGGCUUCGCUGUCUCUGCAGCUUUCAUCAGACAAAGGGGGACGCCCACUCUUCUGAUGACUUUCUCGAAUAGCAGCCCUGCAACAUUGAAUGGUUUUGCCAUCCAGGUGAACAAGAACCCAUUUGGCUUUGCUCCCAAAGAGCAGUUAGCAUGCCCCGACAUAAAUCCGGGAUCAUCUGCCGAGGUCUCUGUGGCCAUGGCUCCCGGUCAGCUUCCAAGCAACACUCCACCGACCAACCCACUUCUACUACAGGUUGCAAUAAAAACAUCACUCGACAUCUUCUAUUUCCACGUACAAUUCGACUUAGCAGCCGUCUUGCUGGAGAACACCGCCCUGAGCAGGGAGGAGUUCACACCAAUAUGGCAGAGGGUGGGCGAAGCAGGUCAAAAGGUCCAUGCGAUUAGCGUGGACAGACCUCUAGACCCUGAGUCGGUGAAAAGCCGACUUGCCCUAGAUAAUGUCCACUACGUCGCUCAGCGGCAGGUAGAUGAUGGCUCAGUGCUGCUGUACACCUCAGCUCAGACACUGAAUAAUUGUUCGGUUCUUUCAGAAGUCACCGUUAGUCCUGGUAGCAACAGCAUCAAGGUGGCUACUCGCACGGAGACGCAGGUGUUGGUACCUCUAUAUGAGGCCAUGCUGAGCAAAAGAUUUGCUAGUGGCUAG